AUGCAGGCGUACUAUAACGUAUCGGUGGUAACCUUUGACCCUUUGAUUACCAACGAGCAGUUUAAGAUCCUCCGUCGCGUCUUUUACUCCGGUCUCUGGCCGCUCGUCUCCGUGUUCUGCUUCACCUGCAACACGGUCAACAUCACCGUCUUCCUCAAGGUCGGCAUCCAGGACAGCGUGACCUUGUCCUUCCUCGCUCUGGCCGUGGUGGACGCGUGUUACGUCGUGUGCUCGGCCGUCAGCGUGGCCUACCUGAACCGGGCCAUCAAUGCGGAGGACGUCUUCAAAAUCGCCAGCCUCUUCUCCCUCGGCGGGUACUCCUCCGCCUACAUGGACCUGUUCUUCAACAUGUCCAUCGCGAUCGGCACCUACAUCUCCGUGGUCAAAUGCUGCUGCGUGGUCAAACCUUUGACCUUCAAGCUCAUGUUCACCACACGCCGGACUCUCGUGGUUCUGAUCAUCAUCGUCCUAGCCUGCUUCACCACCAAGUUCCCCAGGUACUCUAAAUUCGGCGUGACCUGGCAGAGGUCGCCCUACAACAACCAAUCAGAUUUCAAGCUGUGGUUCGCCAGCGACUACCCGACCUACGAACGUGUGAACUUCUUACUCAACGAAACCAUCUACCCGGUCCUUGUUUCUUCCACUGUUAUCGUCUGUUCCGUCGUUCUCACCAAGGCGCUGAUCAAAGCAUCACGGGUUAGACGUACAAUGACUCAUGUCUUUAAAACAGACAUAACAAAAAUUAUAACCGAUAGCCAAGACAAUGAAACCAGUAACACUGUAAUGUUAAGCAACAAGGAACUCAAAGUCUUGAAGACCGUUGCCAUCCUCACUGGGUUCUUGUUGCUAGAGGUUGUCCUUGUGUCAGCCAACGCCCUAGCGAUGGUCUUCAUCGAAGAGUUUGCCCCAGGGAGGCGCUACAGCAACCUGAACGCCACGACCCAGUACGUGAGAAUCUUCUGGAUUCAGGUGACGGCCAGCGUCAACACCGUGCUGUACAUCCAGUACAACAGCAGGUUCAGGAAGUGUUUUAAACUCAUCUUUGUCUCGAGAUUUAUGGGGGUGAGCUGCCGGCCAGAGGGUCACGUGUGA